CGUUUAAAAAUACCCGUUUCAUCUUAUACUGAUAAAAGUAAUAAUGGCAAAGAGUGUAAGAUGCUCACUCGAGUGAGCUUUUAAAUAUCAAAAACAUGUUUAAAUUUCUUAUAGUUGUUGCUGUAGUCUCGGUUAAGGAUGUUUAUACGCUUGACAUUAUUGGUAGCGUUUGCAUAUCUGAGUCAACCAACUCCCCAGGACUGUGUAAAUUGUUAACCCAGUGCAAGCAAAUUCGGGAUGAGCUAGCCUUAACCCACAAACUACCCCAAACUUGUGGCUUCGAAGGAACACAACCCAUAGUUUGCUGCCCAAAACCUCGGCAACCAGGUUACAUAAGCAUACGAACUAUGCAAAAAUGCAAAUUCGUACCAAAUAAAACCACAUUCAAAUUGUGUUUAAGAAUGUAGAGAAUACGCCUCUAAUACAAGACAGAAACAAGAAUGUGGACACAAAAUUGUAAAGCGCAUAACUGACGGAAAACUAGCUGGUAGGACCGAGUUUCCGCAUAUGGCACUCUUAGCAUAUCACACGCAGGACUCAGAACAACCUAAGUGGUUAUGUGGAGGAUCACUCAUCAGCGAGCAGUAUAUUUUGACAGGAGGAAAUUGUUUGUUGUCAAAAAAGUAUGGUGAACCAAAGUUUGUGGUGUUAGGGGUCACAAAUCUUAACGACACCAGCCACAGACAAGAAAUAAAAGUCGCAAAUAGAGUGGCACAUCCAGAAUACAAUAAAGGAAAUCCAUAUAACGAUAUAGGACUCUUAAAACUCGAGAAACCAGUAGAAGUCAAUUCGUUCGUUCGUCCAGCUUGUCUUUAUACAAACUUUGACAUUCCUGUCACAGAAACUAUUGCUACUGGGUGGGGCAGUACAGUCUAUUUUAGAGAUAACACGAAUGAAGAUCUGCUCAAAGUAACUGAAGAUAUUGUGGACUACCAGUCCUGCAAUGACAGUUACAAAACCUUAAGGGGUAUAGGCAAAGGGAUUAUCAAUGACAUGCAUAUUUGCACAGGAGGAGGUAGCAGAGAGAAGGGCACUUGUAGGGGUGACGCUGGUGGUCCUAUACAAAUAUAUCACAACAACGACCCUACACUGUGUAUGUAUGAUAUAGUGGGCGUGAUAUCAUUUGGAAUAAGAUGUGAUGGUCCCUCUGUAAAUACCAGACUAUUCUACUACAUUAAGUGGAUUGAAGACGUAGUUUGGCCAGAAAACAUUUAAUAAGAUCGGCUAUUUUAAUCCAUUUAAUAUUUUUGGAGAAAAUAAAGGAAGUUAAAAAAUUGCA